ACCGUAAUUCCUGUACACUCGGAAUAUCUCCCGAAUAAAAUGCGCUCUUUAUUCCAAUUUCGCCUUUAAAUAUCGUGCAUCGAUCCCGUACUUUCCCUUCCGCGUAUAACGACUCGUCUCUCUCUCUCUAUCCCUCCUCUUUAAUUCCCACUCUCUUCUUCGUCCUCGUUGGCGUCUCCCUUUUGCUUCGAUUUGGGCGACAAUGGAGAUCGAUCUUGCUCCGAAGCAGCCGAAGAAGUCGUAUGGAGGCGACGGGGGUUCGUAUUACGAGUGGUGCAGCGGCGACCUCCCCAUGCUCGGGGCGGCGAAGAUCGGCGCCGCGAAGCUCGCGCUGGGGAAGCGCGGGCUCGCGCUCCCCAGCUACUCCGACUCCGCCAAGGUUGCCUACGUCCUCCAAGGAAGUGGAACUUGUGGUGUUGUGCUCCCAGAAGCCACUAAAGAAAAAGUGAUUGCCAUCAAGAAGGGCGAUGCUCUCGCCCUCCCCUUUGGCGUCGUCACCUGGUGGUUCAACCCUAACGAUGCUGAACUCGUUAUCCUCUUCCUAGGCGAUACCUCAAAGGGCCACAAGUCUGGCCAAUUCACAAACUUCCAGCUCACCGGCUCGAAUGGCAUCUUCACCGGUUUCACCACUGAAUUCGUAGGCCGUGCUUGGGAUCUCUCCGAAUCUGAGGCCACUAAACUGGUUGGAUCCCAAUCAGAUGCCGGCAUAGUUAAGCUCAAGGAUGGCCAGAAAAUGCCCGAGCCAUCUGCUAAAGACAGAGAGGGCAUGGCUUUGAAUUGUGAAGAAGCCCCUUUAGAUGUGGAUAUAAAGAACGGGGGACGGGUUGUCGUGCUGAACACACAGAACCUUCCGUUGGUUGGAGAGGUCGGGCUCGGGGCUGAUUUGGUAAGGUUGGAUGGUCGAGCCAUGUGCUCGCCCGGGUUUUCUUGUGACUCGGCUUUCCAGGUGACUUAUGUGGUUAGGGGGAGUGGCAGAGUUCAGGUUGUGGGAAUUGAUGGAAAGCGGGUUCUUGAGACAAAGGUGAACGGUGGGUAUUUGUUUAUUGUGCCGAGGUUCUUUGUGGUGUCGAAGAUUGCUGGUGAAGAGGGGAUGGAGUGGUUCUCGAUCAUCACAACUCCCAACCCUGUGUUCAGUCACCUGGCGGGGAGGACCUCGGUGUGGAAGGCGAUAUCGCCGGAGGUGCUCGAGGCCUCAUUCAACACCACCCCGGAGAUGGAGAAGCUGUUCCGAUCCAAGAGGACCUCUGACGCCAUCUUCUUCCCCCCUCCGAACUAGAGGCGCAGGAUUUAUAUUUCCUCUGCCCCAGGCCCCAGGAAUUAUGAUAGUGAAAUAAGAAAGAGGUCUGCCUCUUUUAUGUUGCCUUCGAAUAAUUUUGGAUUCUUAUUUGGCCUCUAAUCCUUUCUUUAAUCUCUGCUUGGAAUUUAUGUUGAGACACCUUAUAAUUAUAACAUAAGGUGCUUUAAAAUGAUGGUCGGUUGCAUUAAUUGUGGUUUUAUACUUUUUUGCGGCUUUACUUUUACAACCGAUAAGAGUCGGUCAAAGUGUGAGUAAUAUCAAGGUGUUCUCUCUCAUUAAGAACUCAAGUCGUAAAGAUCUUGGUUGGUUGGUUUGCGAAGUUCUAAAUUUAAGGUCCAGUUGCUUUACUUUUUCA